AUGACCCCUAAGGCCAAAGAGACUAAUUCAGAUAUCUUUGAUGAAAGACUUGGCACUAUACUACCGUCAUACUCCAUGUAUGCCUCAACAUUGGGGCUUGAUGCCUCUGUUGCUGAAAGUGGCCAAGAUCAAGAUGUGCCUCCACCAAAUUACGAUUCCACCUCGGUACCAACAGCACCAACAGCACUAACGACUAUGCCAUCUACUCCAACAUCAUUGACAAGUCCAACCACCCCAGCAUAUUCAAAUGGACUAAUGUUAACACCAAAUUUGUCGCAUUCUUCUUUACCAAAUUCGCAAUCUACAAGUCCCGUACUACGACCGCAGAGUCCAGAAAGGGGCAAUAGCAACUCGCUAGUUCCAGUUCUACUGGCUCCAGCUCUUGGGAGAUCGGGAACUCCAUUGAUUGUUACUGAUCAAUAUAGUUGGAAAGAGACAAUUUUGGACAAUGCUCAUAGGAUCCCCAAUUUAACUUUUGAGGACCACGAGAUUUCUAGAUCUGUUGUAAUCAAAAUAUAUUAUACCAAGGAUAUUGGAGAAAUUGGGAAGGAGCCCGAGAUAAUUGAUCCUUCAUUGUACGAGUUCAAGCAAGGAGAUUUGUUGAAUGGAUUUAUUACUAUUCAAAAUACAUCGGAUAAACGUAUUCCUUUCGAUAUGUUUUAUUUGUUAUUUGAAGGGAACUUUAUGGUUGCCAACUCAGCCGAUGCGAAAGAUACAGUGCCAAAAAAGAUUCAUCGGUUUUUGGAAAUGUUUGACUUUUCAGGAAGCUGGAAUACCGGGUAUAUCAAUAGACUAAAGUCAGAGACAAGAAGUGUGCAUUAUGGUGCCGAUGAUAAUCCCCGCGAUCCACGAGACGGCUCGUAUCUAUUCUUUGUUCCAAAACGUGAGAUUUUACCAAAUAGAAUUUAUAAACGGUUUUUCUCGUUUAGAAUUCCUCGCAAUUUAUUAGACACAGUGUGUAAUGAGCAUAAUCUAUCGCGACACAUGGAGUUACCACCAACUUUGGGGUUAUCGAGAUGGGAGACUGCACAUUGCCCAGAAAAGGAGAGGACGAGGCUACGGGACUUUUCAAUUUUAAAUUCGUCAAUAUCUUAUGGUGCAAUGGCAAGAUUUAUUGGCAGGAAACUGAAAUGGGAGAAGGAGUUUGGUAAAUUUAAAGUUCCCAAAACUCGUUUCAAUGCAAAAUUGGUUAAUCCUAUUGGUGAUGAGUAUGUGAUUUUAAAAGAGUUGACAAAUUUUGUUAGAGUUGUUGCUGAAUCCAAUUCUCCUAGUGAACUGGAAAAGCUUAUGAAGAAGGUUGAAAAUAAAUUAUUGUAUGAUAACUUGAUCAAGCAAGCCGACGAAAAAAUUGAGCUGGGCCAUCGGUUGAUCAAAGCCCUGAAGAAUACCAAGGCGGAGUUCAAUUUUCAAGCGGGACAAGAAAUGACUCAAGAAGAGAUUGAUUUGGCAAAAGUGAGACAAAGUUAUAAGCGAGAAGUUGAUACAGCGCGAAGUUCAAAGUCUGGUAUCUUUUCCAAUAAAGACACAGAAUAUUACGAAAUGUUUGUACCCAUUAUCAAGAAACACUUGACUGGGGCGAAAAACAUGGGUGUGCUUCAGGUAAAGACCCCCAAAAUCGAAUACCAUAUCUCAUACAUACCGCCACCAAAUUUUAGGGAAGAUGUGGAUCUUAAUUUGGCACGGGACUGGAACUUGUCGAUUCCCAUUGAAAUGGUUGUCACGUCGCGUUCAUUAACGGAAAAGUCAUUUAAGCCACCUACAAUCAAAGAGUUUAAUGCCGAGUUUGUAGUUCAUACAAUCAGUUCGAUGAACUACCCUAUUGGGCUUGAGUUUAACCAUGAUCUUGUUUACAACAAGGUUCCACACAAUUAUAAAGAAUAUGAAGAUAAGGAUACAUUCAAGAAAAAUAUCGUUCAGCCAAUUAAAAAACAGCUUGAAGAGUUGCACACUAUUUCGCACGUUUUGGGUUCGGAGAGGUUCCGUAUGAACAAGCAGUUGCUUCAUGAUUUGACAUCCAUCAGCGAGUUGGAGGAAAAAGUGAUGAAAUUGUCUGUGUUGAAUUGCAAAGUAAAUGGCAAGAAUUUCAAAAAUGAGAAUUUGCCGUGGGUUAUUAAGAAAGAGCCGCAAUUGAAUACGAUUACUGCAAAGGCAUCAUUUGAUUUUAAUGUAAACCUAGAAAAACUUACAUUGAAAGGCAGUAGCAGCAACCCAGAAACAAAAUCAUUCAACACCAUGAGUUUAGUUCCAAAUUUCCAAGCAUGCUAUAUGUGCAGGUUUUACCAUAUUAAUAUCAAGAUACAUUUAAGUGGAGGUGAUUGUGCAAGGCUCAAAGUACCUGUUUUUAUAGACAAAACUUAA